UUAAAAUACUCUUAGAGCAUGGCAGCAUCUUACUCAUGAAUCCGCCGACGAAUGAAGUGUGGUACCAUUCGUUACCUGUGAGAAAGAAGCUUUUAGGCGCUAGAAUUAACUUAACUUUCAGGAAAAUGCGCAUUAAAUAAAAACAAAUAAAUUGAAUUUAUAAUUUAUACCUUGGGGAAAGUCCUUGGGUCAGUUACUGCUAUCUGUCUGUAUGUAAAAAAAACAAAUGUCAACAGCCAAAACGUCAGUAAAAAAAACGUCAAAAUAUUUUUUUUGUUGUCAUUGUUGGAGGUACUAUGCAGUUGCAGUUUUUGUGUAAUAAUCCAUUUAAUUUAAUUAAAAAGUGAAAUUAUAAAGUGUUUGACCAAGAGCGGUCGUACAAGUACAUGAGCUUCGCGUCGAAGAUGCCGUCGCUGCGGAUCGACCAGAGCGAGCUGAAGUGCAAGAAUGGCUGCGACUACUUCGGCAACCCGCAGUGGCAGGGCUACUGCUCCAAGUGCCACCGCGAGCAGAUGAUGAGGCAGCGGAGAGCAGAAAAAGCCUCAACAAAUCCUUCUGCAACCCUUCCAAAGCCGGAGCAGAAGAAACCAGACCGUGGACUCAAACUGUCGUCUCAUUCGUCAUUCUCCAAGUUUGAGGAGAAGCGUCUACGCCAGACUGAAACUUUGAAGAAGGCUAACCUGCUCAAAUUCAGCGUGUUUAAGAAAAGUAGUUCAGAUGACCACGAGCACACGCCUGAGAAGCGCCUCCCUGAGUUCAAGAUCCCUUCCAUGGUAAAUGAGGGCAUGAAGCAGGACUUUCGCGUGCGCUUCCCAGCGCUGGGCACGCAAGUGGAGCGAGACGCGCGAGCGUUCGCGCACAACUUCAUCAUGGACGUCAUCAAGUGCGCGAACGUCAUGAGCGUGGAUGAGCUGUCGGAGAGGGUGCAGAGGCAGUAUCAGAGGUUUAUAAAGCACAUGGACACGGCGCCACACUUCGCGAACGUAGACUCCGACACCAAGGAGCUUCUGGUAGACUUCGUCGAGAAGCACGCCAUGACGUACCUACAUGAGCUGCCAUCAGUGGUGUUCUCUCCCGCUGGCACUGACGACGAGCGCCUAGACCGCGCCAUGUCAGAACGCAUCCAACAGCUGGGAUGGGUGGGCGAGCGACACCUGGAGUGCAAGCUGGACCGCGGCUCCGCUACCUGCCGCCAGCUGCUGUACAAGGCUAUCAGCGAGCUCCUGGGCAUGGACGCGGCGUCGUCGCCGGGCGGCAAGCUGGCGCGCGUGCGGCGCUGCUGCCGCCACGUGCUGGCGCUGUGUGGAGCGCCUGCUUCUGCCGACGACCUGCUGCCCGCCCUCAUCUUCACCGUGCUGAAAGCGAACCCUCCGCGUCUGGUCAGCAACAUCAACUUCGUGACGCGCUUCUGUAACGCGCAGCGCCUCAUGACGGGCGAGGGCGGUUAUUACUUCACCAACCUGUGUUGUGCUGUAUCGUUCAUUGAAAACCUGACUGCGGAAUCUUUGAGCAUGGACAAGACAGAGUUCGACUGCUACAUGGCGAUGCCGGCGUCCAUCGGCGGCAGUGCUUGGGCGGCGGCAUUGUCUCUGUGCGGCGCGGCGCGCGAGGCGGAAGAGCUGCGGCUGGCGGCGCAAGAGCUAAGCGCGGCCGCGACCACCCUGCGGGACAACGCCGACCAGAUGCACCACAACGCCGUCACCUUCGAGGAGCAAAUCGUUAAAAAGGUACAAGACGUACUAUCGAAGACGCCGUUGGAAAUAAAACCGCGACGGGAACUGCCACAAAUUGGGAAAUUCAAAACCAGUGCUAAACCUCUCAUUGAUAUCGAACCCAGUCCACCCUCCAAGGAAAACACUUCAACUUCGGCACAACCGGACACUCAAACACCAGACCCACAAUCGCUCAUAGAUAAACUUAUAACCAUAGAGCAAACAGAGAUGGCUAAGCCGACUGUAGACAGAAGUGUGCCAAUUCCCUUACCAGCACCACCUCUAAGAACAGAAAUUGAACAAAAAGAACCUGAAAUCCUGACAGUUGAUGUAAGUAGUACAGAACCUGAAAAACUCAACAUUUUAGGGUUCGAAGUUAUCGAGAGGCCUUCACCAAAAUCGCCACAAAACUUGGACCAAACCUGGGACUUGAAACAGAUAAGCUCACUAGAACUACUCACUCCGUCACCUUUAGGAUUCACUCCGUUCGAUUCGCGAUCCAUAGAUGAAUUGAUGACGCCGGACGAGUUUGGUUCUGAUCACCUCGCUCCAGGUCUAAGCAAUAUAAAUUACGAUAUUGAUUUGUCAGAUUUUAGUGGCGAUAAUAGUAUAGCGGAGGAUGCACCGAAAGAAGCUAAAGACCCUUUUAGUCCUGACGGCAUCAAACCAUUCGACCCCUUCGCGCCACAACCGAGUACAUUCAGUGAGACUUUAGAGAAAUUCAACGAGUUCAGCCUAGUGGAUACGAAGACCAACAGAACGUACGAUCCGUUUGAAAUUGUGCAAAGGAAUAGUGACCCUUUCAAUGCAGCUUUAGCGGUCACAUUACCGCAGCAGGGAGAUCCGAUCAGCUCACCACAAAAUGAAGGGACGUCAAUUUUAGACAACAGUGACUCUCCGACCGCUGCGUGCCUCUUGCCUUCGCCAUUACUACCGCAAAGUAGUGGAAAGCCAACGUAACUUUAAAUUAAAAAUGUUAUUUAUAGUUGUAUAGCCAAAAUCAAUUUGGUUGGUGCUUUAAACCGAGUCCAAUUGGAGAUCUGGCUCACUGGAUAGUUCAUAAUAUGGACAUUGUGAUUAUAAUCAAAUAAUUAUUUGAAUUGCCCAAUGAGAUAAAAAUUAAAUAGUCGAUUAUA